GAAAGUGAUGCUUUGCAGAGCGGUCUGAACUCGGAGGGUACAUGUGAGUGCAUGUUAGACUGGAGAGGGCAGGGUGCAUGUUCGAGGCGAAGCUUGAGUGUGUUUUUUACAGGCUGCUUUAGGCGAAGUAAACCGACUGCAUUGAAAAAAGCGACCUUUAUCACCUGGGAUUCACCCAUGUAACUCGGUCAAGGAGAGGAAUGUGCCUGGCGCUCCAGUAGUAGCCUGCUCUGGCCAGUCUGCAGCGAGAUGGGUCCAGAGGAGCGCAGCUCAGUCAUGUCACAGAAGAUAUCCACCGUGUCACGCAGCAAUAGCAGCUCCUCAUCCAAACAUGACAGCCGACAGGACAGCUGGGAAAUUGUGGAGGGCCUGCGUGGAGACUUCAGCUCUGUCCUGGAGCCACAGAAGCAAGAGGGCUACCUCCUAAAGAGGAGAAAAUGGCCCUUGAAAGGCUGGCAUAAGAGAUACUUUUUUCUGGACAAGGGCGUCCUGAAGUAUGGAAAGUGCAGUGCUGAUAUUGAAAGAGGGAAACUGCAUGGCUGCAUUGACGUUGGUCUCUCUGUUAUGGCAAUUAAAAAGAAAUCCAAGUGCAUUGAUCUUGACGCUGAGGAAAAUAUUUAUCACUUGAAGAUUAAGUCACCAGAGCUGUUUGAUGAAUGGGUGUCCAAGCUGCGUCACCAUCGACUCUAUCGGCAAAAUGAGAUUGCCAUGUACCCUAAUGAGAAGUCCUUCUACUACCCCCACUACCCCUCCCCCAACUCGCCUGGCAUGCCUGACGGUGACUCUAUCAGAAAGUGCAUGUCUAUACGAAGGCAGUCCACAGUGCCUUCAGCAGGAGCCUUUUCUUUAAGCUGCAGCAGCCAGGCCAAGGUAGCAGCCUGGCUGCAGUCAUCUAACGACAUGGACAAGUGCUCAAAAGAUUUGUCAGUGUGUGAAGCUUACCUGCUGGAGCUCAACCACCUGCUUCAGAGUAUGGAGGUCCUCCACCGCACCUAUUCUGCUCCAUCUAUCCAGGCACUGCAGGCAUCUACAUUUGACAGCCCAAAGAAGGAAAAGAGACUUCCAAGGAAAUGGCGCAAAAACUACAACAAAGAUGUCAAAACAACUCUGCAGGUACCCAGCUGCAUCUCCUCUGGCUCUGUUCGCCUCCAUGCCUCUAACCCAAACCUCUCCAGUGCUGCAAUGGCCAAUGAGAAGGUCGACACAGAAUCCUUGGAUUCUGCUUUUGAUGUGGCCAAGCUACAGGAGGACUUCUGCCGUGUUGCCACUAAUUUGCAUGCGACCAUGACAUCUGCCCUGAGUUCACUAACAUCCGAGAGAGAAAGACUAAAACAAUGUCUGGACCAUGAAACAUGCCCCCCUACCUCACCGCAGGUUGUUGGUUUGAAGAACGCCCUGUCGUCAGCUCUAGCCCAGAAUUCUGAGCUGAAAGAGCGCCUGUGCAAGAUUCAUGCCGAAUCCAACAUCGUAGAGCCCACACUAAUACAUUUCACUCCCCCUGUGCAGAAACAGGAUUCUGUGGACGAAUCCCCUCCCCUUGUACACCAAGUGUCCAACGAGAGCCGAGCUUCAAUCACGGAGUCUUUGUCAGAGUUCUUUGAUGCACAGGAAGUCCUGUUGUCUGCUAGUUCCUCUGAAAAUGAGGUAUCAGAGGAUGACUCAAACAUUAGUGACAUUAGUGAUAAUAUUUCUAUGGACAACUUCAGCAACGAGACAGAAAGUGGGAGACCAAACUCAGGCUCUGUGGAAGAGGGUGCUCUGCGUUUUCAGCGUAGAUCCUGUCUGCCCUCGCCCAUCCCAAACAGCAGCACCAUCAGCCUGUGGAACAUCCUCAGGAACAACAUAGGCAAAGACCUCUCCAAAGUGGCCAUGCCUGUCGCUCUUAAUGAGCCUCUCAACACCCUGCAGAGACUGUGCGAGGAGCUGGAGUACAGUGAACUGCUCGACAGGGCUGCUAACACACACGACCCCUUUGAACGCAUGGCGUACAUUGCUACAUUUGUAGUGUCAGGCUAUGCCUCCAGCUUCUACAGGACAAGGGGAAAGCCUUUUAACCCUGUCCUGGGAGAGACAUAUGAAUGUGAGCGGCCAGAUAAAGGCUUUCGAUUUGUAGCAGAGCAGGUCAGCCAUCACCCACCAAUCUCAGCCUGCCAUGCAGAGUCCAAAAAUUUCCUCUUCUGGCAAGACGUGAGGUGCAAGAACAAAUUCUGGGGGAAGUCAAUGGAGAUUGUUCCCAUUGGUACCAUUCAUGUAACUCUGCCGAGAACUGGAGACCACUAUGAGUGGAACAAGGUGACAUCCUGCAUCCACAACAUCCUCAGUGGACAACGCUGGAUUGAACACUAUGGAGAGAUCUCCAUCAAAAACUCCAGCAGUGAUAUUUGUCAAUGCAAGAUCACGUUUGUUAAGGCCAGAUAUUGGAAUUCAAGUGUGAAUGAGGUGGAGGGAACAAUAACAGAUAACAAAGGGAAGGUCAUCCGUAGACUCUUUGGAAAGUGGCAUGAAGCAGUUUUCUGUGGAGACCCGCCCUCAGCCACGUGCAUCUGGAGAUCAAAUGCAAUGCCAGUCAACCAUGAACAGUACUUUGGUUUCACCAAGUUUGCCAUCGAACUGAACGAGCUCAACCCAGCCCUGAAACAGCUGCUACCACCCACAGACACCAGACUACGUGUGGAUCAAAGACUGCUGGAGGAGGGGGACCUGGAGGCUGCAGAGGAGCAGAAACAGAGGAUUGAACAGCUGCAAAGAGAGACACAGAGACUCCUGGAGGAGAAAAACACUGCACAUCAACCUUUGUUCUUCAGGAAGUCGAUGGAUGAUACCUGGGUGAGCAACAACACUUACUGGGAGCUGAGGAAGGAUCCUAACUUCAGCCACAUAGAUUUUUCUACACUGUGGUGACUCCUGAACUUCAGAUCAUACACAUAAUUACACCUGCACAGCCUUUACUGUGAUCCAGGCAGGUUCUGGAGAUAUCUGUAUCCUGGUCUUACCAUCCACAUUCAGUGCUGGUCUUUUUUAUUGCAACUAAAAAAAUUAUUGCCUUAAUUGCAAGUGCUUAUAUACGUUGUCUAAACAUGUUUAUGCAAAUAUAUUAUCAGAAUGUUGAUGCAUUUUUACCAUUUUUGCUCAUGUUUUCACUUGAUAUAUCACACUGCACCACUAAAACUGAGAAAAGGAAAACUACAUGGUAUGAAGUACAACAAAUCCUCAUCAUAACCGGCGUACAUUGGCUUAAAAUGUAAAGAGCAACUGGUCACUUUAGCUGCCAUUCAUCAUGGACAUUCUCUACCUCCUGAGAUCAACUAGCCUUGAUAUGACAUUGAUAAAGUGUACACAUUCAAUCCUUCAUUAUGUAGUCUGCAUCUGCCUAAUGCCUUACUCGUUGUUCUCCCAGCCCUGAUGUUUUUUUAAACGAUGUUUUGCAAGGAUUUUUUCAAGACUGAUCCUAGAUCUUUAAAUCCUUACCUGACUUUUAUUUUUGUCUAAUAGCAAGGAUUAAUAAUUUAUGCUUUUUGCAAAGACUGUGAAUGAUUGUGAAACUAUGAGCAGCAGUAGCAAAUAUGAAAUCCAGCCAUUUUUUUUCUCUGUCCAUCGCUCCAUUGUGCGCAUGGACCCUGAGCUUGGGGACCAAACAUGUCCAAACAUAUGUUACAACAGCUCAAAUAAAAUCUCUGAUGCUUUUUUGUUGAGACUUUCUGACCAUUUGAGUUUGAUCAUGAUCACUAUCAAUGUGUGUUUAAGGGGCGAACAGGAGGGCACCAGUCUGGCUCAGCGGUUACAAAUCACACUCCAUGUACAGAGGCUAUUGUCCUUGUGACAGCAGUCAUGGCCUCGACCUUUUACUACAUGUUGUAAAGAAAUAUUCCAUCUGUGCAGAUACAGGUGUUAAAAAAAUCCCUCAAAUGGACUCGUGAAAAUGUAUCGAACAUUUAAGUACUGCCCUGAAAUUGUCGGUGGCAGAAUCACAACAGGGACACCAAAAGUCCCUGGUUCAAUGCCUGUCAAAUUUAAAGAGACAUUUACUUUUUGAGAAAAAAGGGCAUGGCGACAUCUCAGACUUCUUGGACGUCCUUCGACCAGUUUUCUUUUUUCAAACAACACAGAUGAUUUGCAUUGAAAUAGAGUGCCCAAUAAUAUUUAGGGGGCAUAAAUGACUGUGUGACUGUGCAGAAAAAGAAUCAUACUCAGAUUGUUUCUGAUGACAGUGAUGUGGGUUGAAGUAUUUAUAGUAGCUCUGUAUCAAAACAGUAGGAAUCGUUUCAGAAAUGUGAAAUAAAUGACAUCACAUAUCA